AUGGAAAGCCCACUCCCAUGCCUAACAAGCUGGCGCGAUUGCAACCAACUGAAGCUCAAGUCGACAAGAUUUCCAGUUUUAGUAAUUGCGCGAAAGCUCAAAGCGUACAAAGAACGAACCCCUUUCAUGUCAGCCUUCGUCAGUCACAUGUUGGCGCCAUGCCUGGGUACAUUUGUUGGCAGACAGCAGGAAACGUCUUUGAAAAGGGAGCACAGCACGAAGCGAAGGGGCCUUAGUCCCAAAUGUUCAGCCGCCACAUCUGUGCCGCAUGGAAUGCGUCGCUCGAAUAUGCAAGAGUGGCAAAGAGAUGAGACCCUCUUCUUCGACCGCUCCGUUGCGCUGGUUGGAAGGGAGGCAGAUGAAGCUGUCAGUAUUGUUUAUGCCUAUCCAAACACAUAUGCAGUUGGAAUUUGUUCGCUGGGAUACCAAAUCGUUUGGGCGAUGCUUUCCGGUCUGAAACGCGCUCAUGUUACGCGGCUGUUCACGGAUGCCAUGGAACCGCUUCCUUAUCAAGCGGAUUUAGUCGGAUUUUCUUUGUCUUGGGAGUUGGACUAUGUCGGCAUUUUUGCCCAACUCGAAUUUGUUGGCAUUCCUCGACGGGCAGUUCAGCGCUCAGAGACAGAUCCAAUUGUGUUUGGAGGCGGUCCUGUCCUUACUGCGAAUCCCGAACCCUUUGCAGAGUUUUUCGAUAUCAUCUUGUUGGGCGAUGGUGAAAAUACUAUUCCUGAGUUUGUAGAGGCAUUUCGGGAAUGUAAAGGACUUUCAAGAACGAAAAAACUUGAAAUGCUCGCUCAAGUACCUGGAGUCUAUGCACCAUCCUUGUACGAGGUUCAAUAUGAAUCGGCAACUGGACCGCUAAAGUCAAUAUGUGCGAAACAAAGCACUUCGGAUGUACAGAUCCCGGAAUCAUUACAAAAGGCAACAUAUAGAGGAAAGAGCUUAGCAACUUCCACAGUUGUAACUCCGCGUUGCGCCUGGGAGAAUAUAUUUAUGGUUGAAGCAGUCAGAAGUUGUCCAGAGAUGUGUGCAUUUUGUCUAGCGUCAUAUGUAACACUACCCUUUCGAGCAGCUCCGGUACAAGAUUCACUAAUUCCUGCAGUUGACCGCGCUCUGACAGCAACAAACAGGAUCGGGAUCCUAGGAGCCAGUGUUACUCAGCAUCCGCAGUUCGAUCAACUACUAUCUCUUCUGCGUGAGUCGAAGUACGACGGAAUGCGCUUAUCACUGUCGUCAGUUAGGACGAAUACUGUAACAGAGGCGCUCGCCCAAACUCUUGUCGCGAGGGGCUCUAAAUCGAUAACCGUCGCCGUCGAGUCGGGGUCCGAACGAUUGCGCAAGGUAAGCUGCUUUGCUGGGAGUCAAGGCUAUAUCGCUUUCCUUCACACCCUCUGUGCCGUGAUCCCAUAG